CUGUAGGUGAUGAGGGGCUAUUUAAAAACACAACUGCUUCAUUAUAAUUAUAUUGCAGAUUGCUUGAACACUUUUACACCAUUAUACAAUUAUUAUCUUUAUAUUUUUUUAAUGAAACUAUUACAUGUUUUUCAUGCCGUGUCUAGAUGAGAAGUAACUGACAUUUUCUUACGAGAAUACAAUGAUCUGUUUUUUAAAACAUUUAAAAUAAUUCCAAUAUUCGAAAUCUAAUCAAGUGUCAAGUGUUGCCUGCCAUUACAUUUAAUAUACAAACUCCAACACGAACGCCUUAAGUUAUGCCUUGCGUUGCUUAACAAACAGAAUCUAAGGAAUUUUGAGCUUCAUUGUCACUUUCGAUGGAAAAUUGAUUCUUUUUGAUAUUCUUAAUCGGCUCUUUGGACGUCAACUUGACGAUAUAGAUGACAGAUCAAAUACUAUAAUUAUAAAUUAAAUAAAUGUCAUAAUUAUAUCCACACUGGAUAUUUUGCUUAAAAAAGCUCACACAGAGAACUACAGUUAUCAGGAAAUGGAAAAUCCAGCGGAAUCGGUUUCAUUUCGAGACGUUGAUUUCAGCAAAACGGAAGUUAUAUUCCGCUCCCCCUUUGAACAUCGAAGAAGUCCAAUUUUUGUUACUUUGUCCAAUCCCAAUACGACAUUAGUUGACAUACAAAAACUAAUGGAAGCCGGAAUAAAUUUGAUCAGAUUUAAAAUGUCGCACAUUACUAAAGAAGAUAAGAUUCAACUUCUAGCAAAAGUUGAUAAAGCUGCAAAAAUGUUAUCACAAAAACAUGGGACUUCAGAUUGGCCUGUCGCCACCGCUGUGGAGUUGAAAACUUGUAUCAUGAAAACUGGGAUACUUCAAAAUCAACAAGAAUACUUACAUUUAAAGGAAGGUACGACCGUUACAUUGACUUGCGAUGUGGAAGAUUACAACGCUUGCACAAACCAAUAUAUUUUCGUUGACAAUCCAUACUUAACGACAGACGUUAAUGUCGAGGCGGAAAUAUCUAUAGAUCAAGACGAAAUAAUAUUACAAUGUAAAAUGGUCCUUAAUGAAAAGUCAAUGAAGUGCAUUGUAACCAAAAGCGGGAAAUUGGGAAAUUUGUGUCAAGUAUGUAUUAGAGGUGGCCAACAUACUCAGCCGUAUGUGACCCAAAAGGACUUGCGUAUUGUACAAUUCGCUAUGGAAUAUCAGGUGGAUAUGAUCAUAGUGAAUUAUUCCCGACACGCGGAUUCUAUCAAGAAAAUAAAAGAGUUUAUUGGAUGCAAAAUAAAGAAACCUAUUAUCAUAGCUGGAAUUUGUACCAGGGAAGGUCUGGAGAACAUCGAUGGCCUCAUACGGGAAUCAGACGGAAUAAUGUUGUCACGGGAAUAUUUGGCUUAUGAAUUAACUGGAGCUUUGAGUUACAAAAUGAAUCAAAUACAAAAAUUUGUAGGAGCGAAAUGUCUUAAGGUAGGUAAACCAUUCUAUAUAUCUGGUGGGAUAUUUCGCCAAGCGCUCACAAACGGUAAGCUGUGCGAUCAUGAUGUAUCUGACGUAACAAACGCUGUUCUGGACGGCGUGGUUGGCUUCGUUCUGAGAGAAUGCGACAAUGCAGACACCCUACUCUAUGUGGUUAACUCAUUGAGUGAUCUUUGUCGUUCUGUGGAACCUCUUGUUAAUGUACGCAGUGAAUUCUGGAGAAUGCUGGAAGAGUUAAAAAUUCCAACAAAUGCAGCAGAAGCAGCCGCAUUGGCUUGUGUCGCUCUAGCUAAUCACACCAACGCCGGUGCUAUAAUAUUGCCGACGGUCUCUGGAAGGACGGCCAAGUCUCUGCUUUGGAUACGACCUAACUGUGUCGUUAUCACUGUCAGUAAUAAAACGAGUACAAUACGCUUAUUGUCCACCUAUCGCUGUGUGGUCUCACUUAUGUAUAAUGAUACACCCCAUACGAACUGGUCAAUUGAAAUGGAAAGAAGAACGAAUUUCGCAUUAGAACACGCCGUUAAGAAAGGGUGGCUCAGGUUUAAGGACAUUUACAUAAUAUUACAGAAGUAUUCGGAUGUGAGCUCAUUCUGUGACGUCAUUAAAGUUAGCAGCGUCAACAUUUAUAAAAAAACAAUGGUCGAAUGUGAUGACUAUGAAGCAAUUUAAUUCUCAUAUUUUCGUAGCUUUUUAAGAAUGUUUAACGAAUUAAUAAAAUGUUAUACUUUA